UUGUAUAAUGACUGUGUUUCUCUUUUCAAAGGCCGAGAAAGGAGGACUGGCAUGCGUGCAGAAACAGACAGAGGCGUGUACAAUAGAAGACUCCCCUUCCCCUGAUGCAUUCAUAGGGGCUCAUUUGUCUGGACUGCUCCGGGUGAACGAGAAGAAGGAAGGUGGUCCUCGCACACUCCGAGACUGGAAUGCAGACCACGCCCUCAGCUUCCUACAGCACGUGGAAUAUGAUGGUGCUGGACAUCUUGUUGUAUCCCGCCCAGGCAUUUACCGCAUCAAGAGCCACCUGGGCUACUGCUUACCACUGGGCAGUAACGGAACCCAGGCUACCCAUCACAUCGUCAGAUUCGAUGCGACAUCACAUACGGAGGCCAUCCUGCAGUCAGCUACUGUGUCAUCCUCUCCUUGUCAGUCCUUGCCAUGCGAUGGUUACAGCGAUCUCACAGUGCAGGAGAUACUCCACACAGGAGACAUGGUGUACAUCCAGUUCACCGAUUCUCUCAUUCUUGGUCCUAGGAAAUCUGAUUCGUAUUUUGAAUUAAUUUCCCUCUGACGUACCUUUCAAUAUAUUUAAAAGAUAAAAUAAAAUCUGUCUUUUACUGCA